AUGGACGCUGGCAGAAUCGUUUUCAUCAUCAUUUCGGGCAUCCUCGUUACUAAAUUUGGACAUUAUAUGCCUUACAUGGCCGUCGGAACUAUUAUCACUGUGAUCGCCGCAGAUCUAUUGACAAUGUUUGGUCUUGAUACCUCGACAGCUCGCUCAACAGCUUUCAUAGAAGAGGACUUAUCGAUUGGAAAUGGCUUAACCGUGUUUGAUUUGCAGUUGGGAACAUCCCUUGCGUUCGCCAUAAGUCAACCCGUCUUCCUCGCAAAGAUCUUCAGUCAUCUAGCAAAUGACCCUCUUACAUCAACUAUACCACGCUCGUCAAUCAUCAUCGCAGCCGGCGCCUCGCAUCUAAACCGACUCGUCGACAAUUCAACCGCAUUAGAAGUGUUGCGAAAAGCGUAUAGUGAACGUAUCAGAGAUACCAUGAUCGUCGCGCUUGUUGCAAGUUGUUUGUGUCUGUUAUGUCUACCGGGAAUGGAAUGGUUGACAUUAGAAAACACUGGUGCGAAAAUUAAGACGGAUAUAGAGAAUCCUGCAUCGGGAGUUCUGUCACUGGUGGAAAAUGACAAAGAUUCGUAG